AUGACCAUACCCUCUGAUAUCCUCGCUGCGGAAGCAGCCGGAAGGAUUCCCUCCGAUGUUUCGCUAAAUUAUCUCGCUCAGUCUCGCGAUCAUUCGGCCAUCGUGGGAAUUCUGUUCAUGGUCUGUUUGACGGGCAUUUUGUUGAUUGUUCGACUCUAUGCACGAUUCUUCAUUGUUAAGAAAGUCGGCUUCGAUGACGCAUUGGCCAUCUUGACUAUGCUGGUCUACAUCUCAUUCGUUGCCCUAUCUGUCGUCCUCAUUCAACUUGGAAGUGGCCGCCACAUCGAAUACAUUCAAUAUGUCCUGUCCAUGGCCACCGUCCGCGAAACUGAAGUCCUCGACUUCGUCGCACACGUUCUCUAUACAACAGCCCUUUUCUUUUGCCGACUCUCUGGUCUUGCCUUCUACUUCCGGCUCACGGCACGCGCCGGCAAGCUCCACAUCGCUAUUCUAGCUGCCGCUCCAUUCCUCUUUAUCGCAUAUCUCCCGCAGCUUUUCCUUUUGAUCUUCCACUGCAGUCCUGUUACAGGCUUGUGGCCAUAUGCCUGGCAGAGCGAGCCCAUCACCUAUAAAUGUUUAUCAUGGGGCUUGGUCUACUCGGUCAACUCCGGCCUAUCUCUCGCCUGUGAUGUGUUGAUGUUCGUCAUUCCGGCCAUCCUCAUCAAGCAACUCCAUGUCUCCAUGGAAAAGAAGAUCAAGCUCUCGCUGGUUAUGUUCCCCGGUGUGUUCGUCAUCAUCAUCUCCGCCAUCCGCGUCUGGCUCGUCGUUAGGGGCCAAUGGGCAUCCGAUGGCAGCUGGGCCUACAACCCAAUGCUGUGCGUUGAAAACGCUGAAAUUGCAGGAACAAUGAUCGCCCUCUCCGUCCCCGCCUUGAAACCCGUCUUCGGAAAUCUUUUCUCCCACCUGACAGAGUAUACCUCCAGCCACACGCGAUCGCGAUCCGCAGGGAAACUGCGCAGUCACUCAAAGCCGGUGAGCGGCAUGGGCUCGCAUACUCGCGAUGAUAAACGCUUACUUAAUUGGGCCAAGCUUGGCCAUGAUGAUUAUGAGAUGAUGCCUUCUGAGGUCUCCGUGACGAGGGAUGCGAAUGGGUCAAUCAUUUCUUCCAGGCCUGGAAUCAAGGUGACAAAUGAGGUUAAUGUUUCGAGGGUGGAUGGAAGGACACCCUCGCCCGAGCACUCGUCGCGCCCUUCAUCGCGGAAUACCUAG